AUGACCGCCCAGACGACGACGACCAAGACGGUGACCGUCCUCGACUACGGCGCUGGCAACGUGCGCAGCCUCACGAACGCGCUCCACGCACUUGGCUACGAGGCCACCUUUGUCACGUGCGUCGAGGACAUUGCCGCGGCCAAUGUGCUCCUGUUUCCUGGCGUCGGCAACUUCCAGCAAGCCAUGCACUUUCUCAAUGCCAAUGCGUACGUGGACGCCCUGCGCGCGUACAUUUGCGCCAACAAGCGCUUCCUUGGCAUCUGCCUCGGCAUGCAAACGCUCUUUGAAGGCAGCGAAGAGUGCCCGGGCGUCAACGGCCUCGGUGUCGUGCCCGGCAUCGUCACCAAGUUCCCGACGAACGCGCUCGCCGUGCCGCACAUUGGCUGGAACGGCGUGAACGCGCGGAAAGCGUCGCCGCUCUUUUCGCAGCUCGCCAACGACGCCAAUGUCUACUUUGUGCACUCGUUCCGUGCGACACCAACGGACGCGAACCGCGACUGGGUCCUCACGACCACCAACUACGGCGACGUCGAGUUCAUCAGCGCGAUCCAGCACGGCAAUGUCAUGGCCACGCAGUUUCACCCCGAGAAAAGUGGCGCGGUCGGCCUCCAGAUGCUUCGAGGCUUCCUCGAAGGCGACGCCUCGGUCGCCCCGAUCUUGCCGCUUCGACCGUUCGGGCGCCGGCGCCGCCGACUACGCUGUGCAAGCGACUGCCUCGACGUGCGCUCCAACGACCACGGCGACCUCGUCGUGACCAAGGGCGACCAGUACGACGUCCGCGAAGCCAGCGACGGCGGGAACGUGCGCAACAUGGGCAAGCCCGUCGAGCUCUGCACACGCUACUACAACGAAGGCGCCGACGAAGUGGCCUUUCUCAACAUUACGAGCUUCCGCGAGCAGCCACUCGGCGACACGCCGAUGCUCGCGGUGCUCGAAGCGUCUUCAAAAGAGGUGUUUGUUCCGCUCACGGUCGGCGGCGGCAUCCGAGGCUACACGGACGACAGCGGGCGCACGUGGUCGGCGCUGGACGUGGCCGCGCGCUACUUUCGCGCGGGCGCCGACAAGGUGUCGAUCGGCAGUGACGCCGUCGACGCGGCCGAGGGGUACUACGCGGCCAACAAGGUGCUCUCCAAGUCGACGUCGAUCGAGCAAAUCUCGACCGUCUAUGGCCGCCAAGCGGUUGUCAUUUCGGUCGACCCGCGCCGCGUCUAUGUUCCGUCGCAAGCAGACACGCGCCACCACGUUCUUGCGCUGCAGCACCAGCUCGGGCCAAACGGCGAGACGCACUGCUGGUACCAGGUCAUGGUCAAGGGCGGGCGCGAAGGCCGGGACAUGGACGUCGUCGAGCUCACGCAGGCGUGCGAAGCCCUUGGCGCGGGCGAGAUCCUCCUCAACUGCGUCGACAUGGACGGCCAGAACGCAGGCUACGACCUCGACUUGGUCAAGCUCGUCAAGCAGUCGGUGACGAUUCCGGUCGUUGCGUCGAGCGGCGCGGGCAAGCCGUCGCACUUCACCGAUGUUUUCCGCACGACCAACUGCGAUGCGGCCUUGGCCGCCGGCAUCUUUCACCGCCAAGAGGUCAAGAUCUCGCAAGUCAAGGACCGUCUCCACGCCGAUCAGAUUCCCGUCCGCACGUAA